GCGCGUGCAGCUUAGACCAGCACACGCGGCUAACAAGUCUGACUAUCCGCUUGUUUUCCCGGACGGAGACCAUAGAGUUAGACCGCAGAGGCACAACGUAUCGGAACUGUGCAGUGGUACUGUGUCGUUAGGAAGCAUUCGUGUCGGGGCGGCGAACAGGCAGACUGACUGUAGGAGGGGGGUGUGAGGCUGUCACGCAGAGAGGGGGAGCGCAUUCCAGAGGCACCGCUAACAUAACUAAUUCAUUGUUGUUCUAUACCGGGUGGACAGACGGCGGAACUCCUCACUAACUAGGCCAAAGGACUCAGACGAGAGGUGAGGAGUGACAGGAGGCGAGAUGGUGAAUUACUAUGACAUCCUGGGAGUGUCCAAAACGGCCUCCCAGGACGACAUCAAGAAGGCGUACAGGAAACUGGCUCUGAAAUGGCAUCCCGACAAAAACCCAGACAACAAAGAUGAAGCAGAGAGAAAAUUCAAAGAACUUGCUGAGGCCUAUGAAGUCCUGUCUGACAAGAGUAAGCGUGAUGCAUAUGACAGCUAUGGAAAUGACAGAAUGGGACACAAAGGUCCCACCAGCUCUGACUUUUCAUCAGAUUUCCCAGGAUUCACCUUCACAUUCCGCAGCCCAGAUGAGGUGUUCAGAGAGUUUUUUAGUGGCCAGGAUCCAUUUGCCAGUUUCUUUGAUGACUUUUCAUCGUUUGGCGGGUCAUCCUCUCGCCUUGGCCCCAGUCGCUUCUUCUCUUUCCCAUCAACCAAAGUUGAUUUUACCUCCUUCUCUUCCUUGGGGGGUCUGGAUGGGAUGGAGAGCAUGGGUGGAGGGAUGAGCAACUUCAAAUCAGUUUCUACCUCCACUCGCAUCGUAAAUGGAAAACGCACCACUACCAAGAAGAUAAAGGAGAAUGGGCAGGAAAGAAUAGAAAUUGAGGAGGAUGGGGUGUUAAAGAGUGUCCUAAUUAACGGUGUGGAGGAUGAAAUGGCCCUUGCUUUAGAGCUAAGCCGACGAGAGGGACAGCCCCAUCAUUCCCCUCAGAAGCCAGGACUCCAAAAUAGAUCACCUGCUGAGUCCAACAGAUCCCGCCCCAGCCCUUUCUCUGCAGGCACACAUCGGUCAUUUAGCUCCGCUCCCUUCUACAACUAUGAAGAGACUGUGGGAAGUAGUGACGAUGAUGAAGACGACGAAGAUCUGCAGAUGGCUUUGGCAUGCAGCCUGUCAGAAUUGGAAGCACAGCAGAAAGCAGCUGCUACUGACUUCAUAUCAGACUCAGACUUCGAGGCCUUCACAAGCUAACCUGAUUGGCUCAUGCUGCUCUGUGGCCUAGCCCCACCCUGAGGUCAAAGGUCAAUUCCCCAUGAUGCACUUGUCUCUCUCUGCCCACCACGGCUCCUACCUGCUGAAUGACACUUAAAAAAAGAUUCAAAUGUGUAUUUUAUAUGUAUAUGUCUGAGUGUGUGUUCAUUGCUCACUGUGGAGCAAAAGACUGGAAACUUUUGAACCCAAGGAAAUACUUCUAAUAAUCUCUGCAUUAAACAACAUUUCACUGUAUUUGAAUUAAUUUUGUCCUGGGAGAACAGGUACAAUAUAUGUAAUUAUUGUUAAAAGAGUAGGAAAUUACACUGGAAAAACAAUUAUCCCUGCAAGUGGAAAAGGAUG